UUUAUUCUUUUCCAUAAUAGAAAAUCUAAAUGUCCCAAAUGUUGUUUAUUUUCAAUCAAGUCAUGUUGGAAUGAAAUGGAAGAUGAGGAAAAAUCAUCAGAAUGGCAGUGUGAAAAAUGCACUCACAAGAACCACAGAAUUGACAAAAAAUGCCAGCAAUGCCGAUCACCGAGGGAAAUCUCGUAUCCGAACAUACCGGAAGAUUUACCAAUACCAGAAGUUAAACACCCAUUUCCUGUUAGAGAGUUCACGACCUCUAGUUCAACUUCGAACUCUGCAGUAUCGUCAAGAAAAGAAGUUCCACCAGAUCGGACAUUGCGAACAAAAAGUUCUAACGAACUAAACCCUGGAGCAAGAGACUUUACUCCAGGCCUUCCUAAUAACCCCCUAAGAACCCUAUUUUCUUCCCCAAAUAUUUUUCAAAAUGACCCCAAAAACCAGACAUUUGUUCCGAUUUUAUCGACAAGGGACCCAAAACAUCCGAAAAUGGACAAAACCAAUACUUCAGUGGCAAUUGACUUAACAAAUGUUGCUGAAUGUUCACCUUUAACCUCUCAGAUAACCUUUGAACCCAUCCUUACCAAGAACCAAAAUCCCAACAGUGAAUCAUGUAUAAUUGACUUAACACCCACUAAACAAAUUGAUCAAAACUAUGUUGCCAGUUCUUCUAAUUUUAACCCCACAAAUACCCAAAUAAAUAGAACUCAAAUGUUCAUUACUGAUGAAAAAUCUGGCAACAGUAAUCGAAAAUACAUUCCCUCGGAAAUGAAAAAAAGCCAAUCAUCAAGCUCAAUUGGUGAUAAUUCGAUCGCAGAUUUCAUGGCUCAAUCAAUUUCUGGUUUUAAAAAGCAAGAUUUUCCUAUUAUGACAUCACCAUCACCACAAUUACAUCAUAACAAUAGUGAUGAUGAAGAAAUUUACGGUGGUCAGCAGCGAUUGCAAGAAAAUUUGAGAAAUGAACAAAACAAGAGUCCUAUGGAUCUGACUGUUGCUAAAAAAUCUGAAAAUGAAACUAAUUUGUCACAAAAUUCAUCAAAUCAAGAUAUGGACGUUGAAAAUGUACUGGAACCCAGAGGAGAACAUAACCCAAUUAAUUUUGAAGUCAGGAGUCCGUUACCAAAUCCACUUUUAUCUAAUAUUGGUGACGGACAGAAAAAAUCUUCUGGUGCUAUAGGUUCAGUUUUGUCACUGGGUGGCAGUGAAGGGUCAUUUCAGGUCUUUCGUUCACCUGGACUAUCUGAUCAAUUUCAAGCUGUUGGGGAAUCCCCAGAAGGGGGUGAUUCAAAUAAAACCACAAUUGUCAGUCAUUCAAGCCCUGGUAUUAUUAGUACAGUGGAGUUACAUUCGGGGGACAAUGGUAGAAAACAAGACCCCAGUGUCCUUUUAUCAGGACAAAUUUUGCAGUCUACUGGGACAAAUAGUGGAAACGUUGGCUCUGAAACGGGUCAAAAACUGAAAAAAAUAAUGCCGGUAAAAAGCAAAAAUCCAAUGCCAAUUUUAAACACAAACCCACGUUCCCAAAAACAAAGUUUAUCAAAUUACCAGAUAUUGUCGCUUUACGGUGGCGAUCCAGAUAACCAAGAAUCCUCUAUGGAUAUAGCCUCCUUCCACUCAGCGACAGCAGUCACACCUGGCGUCUCUUCUCGGACGGAAUCUCUCAAAAUUGAUGAUAAUUUUGAUCCGUACGCUCCAAAAACCCAAAUCGAACCUCUAGAAUUCAAAGACGAGCAUUUUCCGGUUGAAGAGACACCGCAAUCGCAACGAGACCCUAAUAUCACGGAAGGUAGUCAAGAACCUCCUGCUUCUGGCAGCUCAUCAACUGCGAGCAGUGUACCGUCAGGUGGCGCUAGAAGAAAAACACCACGUUCCAUUUUACCCUCACAGCCUGGAUCAUCAAAUUCAGUUCCAGGGACGAGUCGAGGAGGUCCACCAGACCCAGGAGAUAUGCUUAUUAGUAGCACAACGAUAGAAAUAAAAUGGGCAUGUCCGCAAUGCACGUAUCAUAAUGAAAGGACUGCCCAAUACUGUGUGAUAUGUCAUGAUGGAAGGCCACCUUGGUAUCCAAAUGACCCCCCAACCUUACCUGGGGAACCCCCUCCAUCUUCAAGUCAGAAAAAAGAAUUCCCAAAUGAUAAAAUACUUCACCAGACUGAAGCCAGGGUCAAAUCAAAAGCAUUUGUAGAUGAUUGGACAUGUCAGCAAUGCACUACUUCCAACAACCCUGGGUUGACAUAUUGUGGAAUUUGCGGAAACCCUCGUCCGGAUGGUAUGGUGGCACCAAUACCUCCAACGCUUCUAACAAAACUUGAGAGAGAACCCAAGCCAAGGAGCAGACCACAGGUUCAAGCCCUGUCACAGGCACCUUCUACUAGCGGGCUACCAUCAACAAGAAUGAGUUUAAGAGAAAGGAUAUCAACAUUAUCGACAUCAUCUUUAGAAAGUACAGACUUGAAUGCAACAUUUAAAGUUGAGAGUAUUAUGAUGGAACAAUUGAGAUUAAAGCAAGAAAAUGACGCUAAUAAAAUCUUUGAAGGAAUUAUCGAAUACUGUAGAAUGGCUGAUGAUAAAUUUGUGGACGACCAGUUCAGACCGAGCCAUGAAAUACUUCAUUAUCCCAACAGUCAGUACAAUCACCAAGCUGUCUGGUUGAGACCACAUCAGAUUAAUUGUAGAGACCCACAAUACGAGCAUAGGCAGUGGACCGUGUUCUGCACUGAAGGUCCCGAAACAACAGACAUCCAACAAGGAAUUCUAGGGAACUGCUGGUUUCUGAGCGGAUUAUCUGUUUUGGUAGAACGACCUGACUUGCUUCGAAAUAUUUUCAUUACACGGGAAUACAGUAAAUAUGGAGCCUAUAUGAUUAGAUUAUGCAAGGAUGGCAUCUGGCAAUCUCUUUUUAUUGAUGAUUUAUUGCCAUGUAACAUGCAUGGAGAGCUUCUCUACACACAGGCUAGAAGAAAACAGCUCUGGGUUCCUCUUAUUGAGAAAGCACUUGCUAAAGUCCAUGGAUGCUACGAGGCCCUACAAGCAGGAAGAUCAAUUGAAGGACUUGCAACCUUGACUGGAGCUCCUUGUGAAAGUCUACAGUUAGUCGUCGGGCCAGACAUGAUUGAACCAGAGCCAGAUUUAAUCUGGGUUCGUCUUUUGAGUUCGAAGGAGGCUGGGUUUCUCAUGGGCGCCUCGUGUGGUGGAGCAAAUAUGGAAGUGGACGAGGAUAUGUACGACAGAGUCGAUCUUCGAGUCCGACAUGCGUACAGCGUUUUGGAUGUCAGGAAUGAGCGAAUGGAUAACGGUGGAAAUGUCAAACUUCUACAACUACGAAACCCAUGGGCUCAGCAAUCCUGGUCCGGUGAUUGGUCAGAUAACUCAGAGAUGUGGUACGAUAACCCAAGGUUACAGGAACGACUGAAUCCAACACAAUCAUAUCAUGGGAUAUUCUGGCUUUGUUUUGAUGAUAUGUUAAGAUAUUUCGACAGCGUUGAUAUUUGUAAGAUUAGAGACACAAACUGGGCGGAGACAAGGAUAUCAGGGGAAUUCCCUGAUUCUGCCUCCCAACCCCCCGCUUCGUACUUUCUUGAAGUAUAUCAAUCGACGGAAAUUGAUUUGUCAAUAUUCCAACAGGGGUCAAGGAGUCAAGAAACUUCAGGGCGCCAUCCAGUGGAUAUCUGCGUCUGUGUGUUCAGAAGUAGCGAGCAAGCUGCAACCUCCGAUCCACAUUCUGAAGUCGUGUUGGGACCUCUAGUGGCUUGCAGUCGAAGACAGGUUAAAAGGCACGGUUCCUGUUCCCAAUUCUUGGAACCUGGCAUCUAUCAAAUUGUAACUCUUGGUUUUAAUCAUUGGAGAUCGGCAUAUGGGAUCACGGGUGCUGCAGCCGCAGCAGCAGCAUUGCGGGAUCCAGAACAUCCAAAAUUCGUGUUAGCGCUACAUACUAGUCGGCCAAUUUCACUGAGUCAUUUUCCUGCUAAUCCAACACUUUUUGCUGACGCAACGAUUGAGCUUGUGAUGAAAAAAGGAGAAAAAAAAGAUGUACGGGACUGUGCGACAUGUUAUUAUUUAACCCGUGGAUGGGCUGGUUUAGUCGUAGUAGCGGAGAAUCGACAUCCAACCCGACAUAUGCAAAUUGUUUGUGAUUGCAUGGAUUCAAGGAACGUGGUAUCUACGAGAGGAGUUAAUAAAACAAGUGACAGUGUUCCCCCAUUACACAAACAAGUACUUAUAGUGCUGACGCAACUUGACGGCCAUAGUGGAUUUACAAUAACACAUAAACUUAUCCAUAGAAUGGGGUCGGCCGGUCUUGCGGAAUGGUCGACGGUGAAGGGUAACCACGACCCCCUAUUGGACGCAGAUGUUAUUGCUUUACAUAAACCCCGACCUUUGUGAAAUUCGAACCAAUCAUAAAGCUAAUUCUAUCAUAUUUUGGAUUCAUCAGCCAAUGAAAAGGCUUAAAAAUUUAAAUGCACCAAUCGGAAGGCAGUUUUGAAUGAAGCCACUCCCAUUUUUAUAUGAUCAGCCAAUGAGUUCUCCUCAAUUAUUA